UGUUGAGAAAAAUCCAAUAAAACCAGAAUCGAUCGAUCCCCGCAACAUUUCAUGCAGCGCAUUUGGUUGGCAGAGAGAGGCAGGCAGGGAACCCCCCAAAAUCAUCUCUCUGCUGCUCCUCUCUUCUUCGCUUCUCUCUCUCUAUUGCAGCAGGGGAAAAAAGAAGAAGAAAAGGUUCCCUUAUUUCUCUCUAGAAAUGGAUUCUCUUAGACAACAGUCACUAAUCCCUAGCUUCCUCUACUCCUCUUCUUCCUCUGCUAAAACUUUCUCCCUCUCUAACCUCCACUCCGAACAACCAUCACUUUCUCCGCCGCUGUCAUCAACGGUCACUAUGGGAAGCAAGAGCAGUGGCGGAUUUGUGAUCCCGGCACCGAGUGAGCCUGGGAAAAAGAUCGAGAUGUACUCGCCUACUUUCUAUGCUGCUUGCACCGCUGGUGGUAUCCUUAGCUGUGGACUUACUCAUAUGACUGUUACUCCUCUCGACCUUGUCAAGUGCAAUAUGCAGAUAGACCCUGCCAAGUACAAGAGCACCUCAUCUGGUUUUGGAGUUCUGCUCAGGGAGCAAGGAGUGAGAGGCUUCUUCAGGGGUUGGGUGCCCACCCUUCUUGGUUACAGUGCUCAGGGGGCCUGCAAAUUUGGUUUCUAUGAGUUUUUCAAGAAGUACUACUCUGAUCUUGCCGGGCCUGAGUUUGCAGCCAAGUACAAGACCUUGAUUUACCUUGCUGGUUCUGCUUCUGCUGAGGUGAUUGCUGACAUUGCUCUUUGCCCCUUUGAGGCAGUGAAGGUUCGUGUUCAAACUCAGCCUGGGUUUGCUAGAGGUUUAUCAGAUGGACUUCCUAAGUUUGUCAAAGCUGAAGGCGCACUUGGGCUGUACAAAGGUCUUGUUCCCCUCUGGGGUCGUCAGAUUCCAUAUACAAUGAUGAAGUUUGCAUCGUUUGAGACCAUUGUAGAGAUGAUCUACAAGUAUUCCAUCCCCAAACCAAAGGACCAGUGCAGCAAAUCUCUGCAACUUAGUGUUAGUUUUGCUGGUGGUUAUGUUGCUGGCGUGUUCUGUGCUAUUGUGUCUCAUCCAGCCGAUAAUCUCGUAUCAUUCCUGAACAAUUCUAAAGGGGCAACUGUUGGUGAUGGUGUGAAGAAGCUAGGUUUGUGGGGUCUGUUCACUCGUGGGUUGCCUCUCCGAAUUGUCAUGAUUGGAACUCUUACUGGAGCUCAGUGGGGCAUCUAUGAUGCAUUCAAAGUUUUUGUGGGAUUGCCUACUACUGGUGGCCCUGCCCCCGCGGCUGCUGAACUUGCAAAGGUUUAAAGUUUCUAUCAAUUGACAGGUUGGUUUGUAUCGAUCUGAUGGAACCUGGGAGAACAUAUAGGAAAUAAUAAAAAUAGAAAUGGAGCUGCUUUAGUGAUUCCGAAGCUAACAGAGAUUAUUCUUUCACAUUCAAAGACUUAGUCAAUUUUUGUCAUCUCGGCAUCGGGGGAUGGUUUUGUUCUCAUCCUUCACAGAUAAUGAAAACUUUUGCUAGCUAGAUCAUAUAUGGAAUUUCAGUUCGAUGUUAGGAUCACAUCAUCCCGCAUCAGGGCAACCAAAAUAACGGGCAGAUAGGGAGGGGGGUGUAUUUUGUCCUGUCCAAAUUUCUGUCAUCAUCAUCAUUAUUAAUUAUUUUGUUAAUUUUAUUAUUACAAUUGAUUCGAC